UCCAACAAAAUUCCAUGCUUGUUCCUCCAAAUAAUUCCAUAAUUCACUUAAUAUUUCAAGAUGCUCAUGAUGUAUUACUACAUGGUGGUCCGCAACUAAUGUUGGCGCAUGUAAGGCAACGUUUUUGGCCCAUAAAUGGCCGAAAUGUCGCACGCAAGGUUGCGUCCAAGUGCGUAAGAUGUUUUCGAUUAAAGCCUACAGUUUUUCAACCUAUAAUGGGGAACCUACCCAAGCAAAGAAUUGAACCUAGUCGCCCUUUUUCGGUCUGCGGAGUCGACUUCGCGGGACCGUUAAUGAUAAAAACAAGUUUGAGGCGAAAUUCGGCUCUCAGCAAGGGGUAUAUCUGUGUGUUUAUCUGCUUCACAACAAAGGCAGUGCACAUCGAACUGGUUGGAGAUUUAACAAGUGCAUCGUUUAUAAAUGCAUUAAGAAGAUUUUCUGACCGAAGAGGAAAAUGCACAGAUAUUUAUUCGGAUAACGCAAAAAAUUUCGUUGGAGCAAAUCGUCAACUUCAAGAGUUGAGCAACUUGAUUCACAGCGAAGAACAUCAAUCAAAAUUGCAGAAUGUAUUAUCUGAAUCCGGUAUCCGUUGGCACUUUAUACCACCUCGCUCCCCUCAUUUUGGAGGAUUAUGGGAGUCAGCAAUAAAAUCUAUUAAACAUCAUUUAUUUCGCGCUUUAGGCAACGCAAACUUUACAUACGAAGAGUUGAAUACGACAUUAAUACGAGUGGAGGCAUGUUUGAAUUCACGACCUUUGGUUCCUUUAUCUUCUGAUCCUUCUGACCUCGCUCCUUUAACCCCUGCUCAUUUCCUUAUUGGCGACUCGUUAAGUGCUUUACCAGAAAUUGAAGUGUCAUUAAUACCAACCAAUCGAUUAACUAGAUGGCGCAGAGUCAUGCAGGUUUCCCAGCAAAUCUGGUCCCGUUGGAACCGUGAAUAUUUAACCCAACUUCAGGAACGAAAACGGUGGUCUAUCGAAAAGGGUCCAAGGAUAAAAAUAGGCUCAAUUGUUCUUGUGAAGGAUGACAACGCUCCGCCUCUUCAGUGGAAGUUGGGUCUUGUUCAAGCUCUUCAUGUGAAUGCAGAUGGUGACGGUGUUCCAAGAGUCGCCACCGUGAAGACUCCUAGUGGUAUAUAUCGUCGCGCUAUUCGGUAUUUAUGCCCACUUCCUUUCGAAGGUAAUUGUGUCUCAAAUGAUCAAAAAUAAAUAUGUAAAGGUACACUUGUUACAAUUAAGUUUA